ACACUAGAAUGCAGUGCGGGAAACCCGCAAUCCCUGCAGAUUUCCUACACGGCAUUAAAAUUGCACUUCUCUUAUGAUCUGCAGUGUGUUUCAGUGCAAUGUUAAUGAUACCCCAAAUGUAGGUCGCGAACGCUGUGCAUUUGCCUGUACCGGACAGCAUGAUACAAAACGACCAUGCAAUCAGGUUGCAGUGCAUUUCUAAAAUUGGUGCAUGCACUACUUUGGUAGGGUUGAUUCAGGGGCGGACUGACCAUUUGGAAAUUCUGGCACUGCCCGAGGGCCUGGGGUCAGUAGGGGGCCCCAUGAGAUGCCCCUGGUACCUUUUUCAUAGGCUUUUUUGAGUUUGGGCAAGGACACAGGGGCCCCAUGAUCCCCUAUUGCCCGGGGGCCCCAU